AUGGUCGGAGUGCCCGAUGUCAUCAAGCCAUCAGAGAAAGUCGAAGAUUACUCCCCGCACAUCAACGGGAACCCGGUCUUCACCAUCAGCGAUGAAAUUGGCAGUCCAGACAGCGGAUACACGAUGGCAUCCAUAAACACGAAUGGGGAACUGAAAAGCCCCGUGGAUCUGCCCGAAAAGAAGUUACCUGAUGAUGAUGCUGAGAAACAGCCCUUAUCCGGGAAAAAGGAAGAGAGAUGGUGGAACACGUUGAUGCAAGUGGCCGUGCCGUUCUUCAUAGCGGGAUGUGGCACCAUCGGAGCUGGGUUGGUUCUCGGCAGCGUCAGAGGUUGGGACGUGUUCGUGGAAGUGUCAGCCAUAUUUGUUUUAGUACCAUCGCUAUCGGGAUUGAAGGGUAAUCUGGACAUGUGCCUGGCGUCUCGUCUGUCGACACAGGCUAACUUGGGAAACAUGGAUUCUCCGAGGGAAGUCAUCUCUAUGGUCGUCGGGAACAUAUCACUUGUACAGGUUCAAGCAAUAGUAGCAGCGACAGUGGUCUCACUUUUCGCGAUUGUAGUCAACACAAUCACCGAUCGGGAACUGAACGGAAACUAUGUUCUUCUCAUAAUUUCUUCAGCUAUCUUCACUGCAACUACUACAUGUUUUGUGUUGGAUUUCGUGAUGGUGAUGGUGAUCUUUGGCUCUCAAAAAUUCAAAGUUAACCCAGACAACGUAGCUACACCGUUAGCGGCCUCUAUCGGAGACAUUGUCAGCAACUCAGUGCUGGCUGUCACAGCGCAGUAUAUGUUUGAACAAAUAAAAAAGUCUUUGUGGCAGCCGAUAACCUUGCUGUGCGUGUACUACUGCCUUCUUCCGGUGUGGGUGUUUAUUGUUUGGCGAAACAAAUAUACCAAGACAGUUCUCACCACCGGGUGGACUCCAGUCAUUUCUGCUCUCUUUAUUAGCGGUAUCGGAGGCAUUGUUCUGGACCAGGCAGUAGACAGGUACCCGGCGUAUGAGGUAUUCCAACCAAUCGUCAACGGCAUCGGUGGUAACUUGGUGUGUGUGCAAUCCUCUCGUCUGGCAACACAUCUACACCAGACAGCAAUACCAGGAGUACUCCCGGAGAACACGAGGAUUAUCGAGUGGCCUUGGAAGACAUUGUUCUUUGGAACACCCGCCGCGAAAGUCGCUCGAAUGUUGCUGGUUCUUGCCGUUUGUGGUCAGAUCGUUUUUAUGAUCGUAGCUGACUUCGUCUACCAGGGAUUCGUUACCAUUCAAGUGUUCUUUGGCGUCACUUAUGUUAUGUGCAGUGUAGUACAGGUUAUGGUGUUGCUAUAUCUAGCAUACAUUCUCGUUCACUUUAUGUGGCAGAAGAAGAAAGACCCCGACAACGCAGCUAUUCCAUAUCUGACUGCCCUGGGAGAUCUUUUAGGCUCUGUUUUCUUAGGAUUAGCAUUCGUCAUCCUCUCUAUAUUUGGCUUACAAUAUGGUAAUAAUGUUCCGGGUUCAGGCACUUAA